AUGGUGGCGCGACGCAACGAACUCGCACCGGCCGAGCGGCUCUCGUAUGUGAGCUCCACGACGGGCAUCAUCAAGGGCAGCGCCGACGAUGGCUUUGCCGAGUCCAAGACACCCGGCGAGCUCGAAGACGGCGCGCUUCGCAACGGUGACGCGCCCAUCUACACGUCGCCCGAGAUUCUCGCCCUCCUCUUCCAGUACGCGGCCAUCGGCGUCGUCUACGGCGGCAUGAACGGGAUGCAGUACCCGGUCUUGACCGGGUACUUUACGCUCCAAGGCAACGUGCUCAACUCGGCGACAGCGCUCAUGAUGCCGUCCGUUGCGACGGUCUGA